AUGAUACGUGAACCUGAAAAACAAAAACCCGGUGUAUUUUCAUUUAUGACACCAUUAUCAAAAGAAAUUUGGAUAUGUGUUAUUGUUUCUUAUUUACUUGUUAGUGCCAUUUUAUUUCUUGUUAGUAGUUCAUCAUUUUAUGAAUGGUAUUUCGAAAAUGAAUCUGAUCUUAUUUCACGCAAUAAAUUUUCCAUGCAAAAUGCUUUAUUUUUUUUGAUUUGCUGCUUUUAUGCAUCAAGGUGUUGA